GGUAAUCGAGAAUGUCUGAGAUGAUGGAGAUGGAAAUCAAUGGAAACCUCAGAUGUUGUACCAUUUCAGGUGUCUCGAAAAGGAGGAGACUUUUGGAAUCUGCUGCUGAUAGUCCACAACAUGGAGCCAUAAAUAGUACUGAUGUCACUAUUAGUUUUCAAGAUGGGCUAUGGCCUGAGUGGGUGUUGAUGGAAGUUCUGUGCAGGCUCCCAAUUAAGAUGGUUUUCCGGUGCAAAAGUGUCUCAAAACAGUGGCUUUCUCUAAUCUUAGAUCCUUAUUUUGUCCGCUUCCAUAACAUCACCUCUCGAGGCUGGCAACCCUCUGCUUUCUCUGGAUCGGAUUGGCGCCGCCCUCCGUGGGUCUUUAUUUACAACAAAAUGAGUGCUGAAGGUUGUGAGAUGACCCUUUUUUCAGAGGAAAAACUAAUGCAUAUUAUGUAUCCUUUUCCAAACUCCCCUUCCCCUAAUUAUUGUGUACUUCCCAUUCCGAAAUCUCAGCAGCAAGGUAAGAAGGGGGGAAUGUAUGCCAUCCAUGCCAUUCACGACGGGCUUGUGCUGUACAAGUGGAGGGAUGUUCGUAAGGGCGUAGAUGAGCUGUACAUCUGCAAUCCCAUGACCAACCAGUGGUUUCCACUUCCUCGACCACCCAAAUAUAUCCCAAUGGAAAAUGUCAGCUAUGGUUUCAUCACGCGGGUUGAAGCCGGAAUCUUAACCAGCUACAGAGUCGUGCUUGUCCGUUGUCAUCGCCAGAAACAAUUUUUCAUCGAGUUCAUGGUGUUCUGUUCCGAAUCGGGAAAGUGGGUAGAAUACACCGUUCACUCCACGCGUGCAGUUCGGGUUUCUUAUAUCAAGAAGACCGUGUUCCUCAACGGGAAACUGCACUGGAACGAUUGUGAGCUUGGGCUUAUAGCAUACGAUCCUUAUACGAGCCCUGAUGAGAUGCGGUUGAUAGAUUUUCCGGAGGAUAGAUACAGAGGUUAUAGACCAGGCACAUACACCACGAACUUCAGCUCGUGUGGCGUCCACCAAGGGCUUCUCAAGUAUUUUGAAGUUACUGAUCCAUUCAGUACGCGUGGCUUCUCGCAUCUCAAGAUAUGGGUGCUGGAGGACUAUGAUAUGGGUGGAUGGUGUUUGCAGAAUACGGUUGCGUAUGAAGAUAUUAGGAUUGGCGGCCGUUUGUAUCGCAGAUCAGUAGUUGUCGACCUCGUUUGUUUCGAUCCAUAUGAUGCGGAGAUAGUGUAUUUGAGGUGGUGCAGCGACUUGGUGUUGUACGACAUGCGGACGGGGGAGAUUAGACCGCUGGGCGUUCCUCAUGAGCCGGAGAAGAAUUUGAGGCCGUUGACUGGGUCUGAUCCAACAACUCAUGCCACGCUUGCUGCAAAGGAUGUGGAAAAGUAUCGGACAGCACUUAUGCCAUUAGCGACUACGGAAGUGGAAGACCCACUAGAUCCUAAAGCAGCGUCAAUUGCACGCUCCGUGGAAUUGAAGAACCUCAGAUCUCAACUGUAUUCAGCUGCAGAGGACUGAGAAAUCAUAUCUGAACAGUGAGCAGAAGCAAAUGCGAGAUUUUGGUUUCUGGACAAUUUGAAGGAUUAUGGUCAAUGCAAUUGACCACCUUGGUACGGUUUCUUACUAGUCGAGUGAUGUUCUCGAGCAGCAAACACUGGAGAUCUCAUCCAUUGAUCUGAAAGACACCUGUCUAAAUCAGGUGACAUGUUCGGGCUUAAUUAUCGGCUUGUGUGAAAGUGAGGGCCCUAAAUCGUCUUGCCAUUCUCGAACACACUAGAUCGCCUUAGCGCAGAACAACAAUAGAUCAGCCAACGAAGUGGGUGUUGCAGUAUAUCUAUUGAAGUGGUGGCUGUGUAGGGGCAGAGGCACCGAGAUACCACGAGAAAGCGCCGAAGAUUGUUGAUGGAGUUCAUUACACAUUUUUAGAUUUUCAUGUAUGAUCCUAUCCGUCAUCAUGACCACACCACACACAAGCCAACAAUGUCAUCCUCCAUCUCUAUUGAUUCACAGACAUUUGAUGAGAUGAACCGUGAUAUCACGUUCAUAGGAUCAAUCCAAAAGGGGUAACUCUGACGGUAAAUCCCAAGAGAAAGGAUUUUACAGCGGGCAAGGGAAAAUCAAACUCUCUUCAUGAUUACUAUAUCAAGCAUGUGUAAGUCGGCAGCAUGAUUAAUUCUAUAUGCUAAAUAUUCCUGUCUGUGUUUGUGAGAUUUGUCUGUGGAAUUUACCUAAAGAUAAUAUAUACAUGUAGCAUCUGUUUUCUAUUUCCAUAUUUAAGCUUCUAUUUGCUAGAAAUAAAAACUAAUUAACGACUUAAUAUGUACAGUAUUAGAAUUAAAUAGUCAUGGUCAAUCUUCUUAAAUCCACCUUUUUCCAUCCAAAUUCGAGCUCAUGCUCCCGGAAAGCUCGGCUCACCCUUCCACACGGAAGUUCGAGAGGGCAAGCGUGAGGAAUCCAAACAGCCUCAUCGCUGCUAAAUAUCUUAUUAACCAGAGGAAGGUUGACCGGCACAGUGGACCCCACAGGCAUCAAGCUGCUCAGUGUGUGUGACAGCUGGAGGCUGGCGCCUCCACGAGAGGGCAUCCACAGGGCACACUCUUCCAGGUCGAGCUCGACAGAAUCGUGUGCCGGUCGAGGGUACUCCAGAUCUCGUGGGUCAGCAUGCGGACAUGCCUGCUCGUCUCUUCUUGCUUCAUAAUGAGCCCCAUUUCUCGAUCAAGCUCCUCGGCUUUGUUUCUCAAAAACGCUGAGCAGGUCGGGGAUGAUGUGGACAAGCAUUAGAGCUGUUACGCACGAGACUAAGGCCGUGGAUAUUUUGGCCACGGUCUUGGAGUGGAGGGAGAAGGUCCACAGGUUGAUAAGGUGGGUCGCGCCACAGAGGAUUAUGAACGCGCCGAACUGAAUCAGCACCCAUCAGUAAAGGAAGAAGGAGGAUCGGUGGACGAAGUAGAUGAGCUCCAGAGGAAUGGAGAAAUACGCAACUGCUAUGAGGAAAUCGGAUAUGUAUUGGUAUUUGACGAGGAGUUCAUCGCCCGGCCAGUCAGACUCGACACAGUCACAGGAUUCCAUUUAGAGGAACCUGGAAAAAGAAAAAGAAAAGGAAAUUAAAUUUCUAUCGCCAUUUUUAAACCCUUUAUGAUAA